GUUAUUAACCAGUAGGGCUACCCCCAUACUAGUGCUAACGGAGUUUUUACAAGCAGAAGUGUGAUACGGAUGUGGGUAACAACAUUUUGAUACAGAGUUCUAACUUUGCGCCUUCGUUGGGGAUGCAUAAUAAGGAGGGUUAAUUGGAGCUAUGAACCCAGAGGAGCAGACGGUUACGUGGCUGAUAUCAUUAGGGGUACUUAAUUCACCCAAGAAGAACAUAGCUGACCCAGAGGAAUUUCUGAAAACAUCUCUGAAAGAUGGGGUCGUCCUGUGCAAACUUAUGGAGCGGCUUGUGCCCGGCUCUGUUCCAAAGUACUGUCAGGAUCCGAGAAACGAAGCCGACUGCAUCGCCAAUAUCAAGGAGUUUUUGAGAGGAUGUACAUCCUUGAAAGUAGAGGGAUUUGAACCGGAGUGCCUGUACACUGGGGAGAACUUUAACAAAGUGCUGACCACUCUGCUGGGAGUCAACUUUGCCACCCAAGACUGUGGCACUGAGAGGUCAUGUCCCCAGUCCGGCACAUCCGCUCCUAGUCAGUCCGCCUCUUCCCACACACUAUCCUCGUCCAAGUCCCUGCGCAGACAAUCCAAACCAGUGGAGAUGUCGGAGAACGGCGGGGGCGGACUGCUGCUGGUGAAGGCGCGCUUCCAAUUCAAGCAGAAUAACGAGGAUGAGCUGUCCUUCAACAAGGGAGACCUGAUCGGUGUGUCGCGCCAGGAGGAGGGCGGCUGGUGGGAGGGCUCGCUCAACGGGAAGACGGGCUGGUUCCCCAGCAACUAUGUCCGCGAGGUCAAGCCCUGCGAUAAGCCUGUGUCUCCUAAAGCCACUCAACUUACCAAGAACUACUACAGUGUGGUGGUGCAAGACAUCCAGGAGCAUGAGCGGGAGUUUGUCAAGGAGCUGCAGACAGUCUUGACCUCUUACCUACGACCUCUACUGGCAAGCGACAAACUGAGCGUUACAGACAGUGGCAUUCUGGGCGCUAACCUGGAGGAGAUCCUCACCUUCCAGCAGGGCCUGGUUCUGGCUCUGGAGGAGUGUACCAAGGUUCCAGAGAGCCAGCAGCGAGUGGCUGCCUGCUACCUCAACCUGAUUGGUCAGAUCAGGAUGCUGUACCUGUCCUACUGCUCCAGUCACCCCUCGGCUGUCUGUGUACUCACUGACCACAGUGAGGAGCUGGGAACGUUUAUGGAGAGCCAGGGAGCCAGUAUGCCGGGCAUCCUGACCCUGACCACCAGCCUGAGUAAACCCUUCAUGAGGCUGGACAAGUACCCCGUCCUGCUGCAGGAGCUGGAGAGACACGUGGAGGAGGCUCACCCGGACUACAGUGACAUCUUGAAGGCAACGGUGGCCUUUAAGAGCUUGGUGACCCAGUGUCAGGACCUGCGGAAGCGUAAGAACCUGGAACUACAGAUCCUGUCAGAGCCAGUGAGAGGCUGGGAGGGAGACGGAAUGAAGUCUCUGGGUCACGUGGCCUACAUGUCCCAGGUGCACAUGCAGAACGGGACCAAUGAGGAGAAAGAGGAGCGCUAUCUCAUGAUGUUCCCCAGUGUGCUGGUCAUGCUGUCUGCUAGUCCGCGGAUGAGCGGCUUCAUAUACCAGGGAAGGCUGCCACUGACGGGCUCCACGGUCUCCAGACAGACAGACGACACAGAGAACGGCCACUAUGCCUUUGAUAUCACAGGGAGCAUGUUUGAUCGUGUCACAGUGAUCUGCAGUAACCCCCAGGAACUGCAGGACUGGCUGGACCAUCUCAACGCCUACACCAAAGGCGGAAGCCCUGUGGGCACCAUAAUCAGGAACGAGGGGGGGAAACCGGUCAGUAUGGUGGGCACUCCCACUCACCAGUCCCACCUGCCCAUCUUCAGCACCCCCAGCCAGGCCAAUCGGGGACCACUGGAGCCCCCCAAGACCACCAAACCCUGGUCCCUGAGCUGCCUGCGUCCCGCCCCGCCCCUCAAGCCCUCUGCUGCACUGGGCUACAAGGAGAGAAUGUCUUAUAUAUUGAAGGACUCAGGUAAAAGUCCGAGGCCCAUUAAGAAGUUCCUGCCGAAACGCAAAACGGAACGAAAACCUUCCGACGAUGAGUUCCUCCUGCGGAAAAGUACAGCUGCUCUGGAGGAGGAUGCACAGAUUCUGAAGGUGAUCGAGUCCUACUGCACAGGGGCCAGCCUGCAUCAGAACAACACAGCGGUGAGGAAAGAUUCUGUCCCUCAGGUCCUGCUGCCGGAGGAAGAGAAGAUGAUGGUGGAAGAGAUGAAGAACAACGGUCAGACCAUCAUAGAGGAAAAGAGUCUGGUUGAUGCGGUGUAUGCUUUAAAGGACGAGGUCCAUGAAUUAAAGAAGGAGAGUAAGUGGAUCAAGCAAUGUCUGGAGGAUGAGCAGAAGUCUCGUAAGGAGCUGGAGAGAGUGGUCAGGAAGCUGGCCAAGCAGAAGAACGACUGCGCCUGGGAGGAUGGAGACCACUGAACAACCCCACACACCUAUCCAUUUACCUAUACUGCAUAUAUGUGUGUGUGUGUGAGUAAGUGAGCAGCGUGUGACUGUGUGCAGUGUGUCCAUGCUUCCAGCUCUACAACACAGAUUCAUUUAGCUGGACACUGGUUGGAACAACUCUCUGUUCUGAUGCUUGGCCUCACACGCUAUUCAUUAUCUGUCUUCCUGAUCCAACCCUGUUGGAGGAUUUUCUAAGUCAUGACCAUGGGUCUUACUCAAGCACCCGGAAAGCUGAGACCAAUGGGAGGGGGAAUAACCAGAAUCGAACAUUCUGAUUGGUUGCAUCCCUUCUGCUGCCACUGUAAUUGGUCAACUCUGAUGGAACCAUUUUGGACAAAGGAUAGAUAACUAGUCCUGCAGUGUCACCAGCUGCAUCGCCACUCUGGACUACUGUGUCUACAUUUCAAUAGGAAAUCUAAUGGGUGCGAGAAGCCUUCUUUAGGUACAAUGGGUGUUUUCUUGCAUGCACUUGUUUCAGCGGGAGAGUGACUCCCUCCACCAUAACUAGGGCUCAUCUGUCCCACUCUACAUCUGUUACAGCAUUGUUUGUUUGUUUGGUUUGGUGUUGAGGACACCCCCGCAGCCUUGUCGGGAAAGAGAGAAGCUUGCAUCGAGCUUCAGUGAACACGAUUGGCAUUUUGCGAUUGCACAUUCUAGACGUGAGACUCUGCAUCUCCAAGAUAUUUUGUAGGCUUUAGAUUUCCAUUUCAGAUAGGUGAGACCUUUCCAUAGACUAUCAAAACGGUCUACUAUCAAAACGGCUCAUGGAGAGUGGAUUUCAAUACUGCUCCAAGCUGGUAUUCAUUUUAUUGAAUAAGGUCCUUGACUGUGUACCUUACAAUCUGCAUGGAUGUACAGUGUUUCUAAGAUAGUAUUACGCAUUACACAUGCUAAUCAAUAUAUAGUCCAAAGCUAUCAGGGAUAUAGAUAUUUAUAAACUGGGUGGUCCGAGCCCUGAAGUGCUGAUUGGCUGACAGCCGUGGUAUAUCAGACCAUAUAUCACGGGUAUGAGAACAUUUAUUUUUACUGCUCUAAUUACAUUGGUAGCCAGUUUAUAAUAGCAAUAAAGCACAUUUGGGGUUUGUGGUAUAUGGUCAAUAUACCACGGGCUAAGGGCUGUAUCCAGGCACAACGCGCCGUGCUAAGAACCGCCAUUAGCCGUGGUAUAUUGGCCAUACACCCCAUCCCCUCGUGCCUUAUUUCUUAAAAGUGUAUUGUGUAUAGAAUACACACAUACUUUCUUACCGAAAUAACAAUAUAUAAAUAACAAUUCAAUACAUGUACUAAUAAUUCAUAGCUUUGCUUUAUUUGGGGGUUAAAUAAUAUAUAUUGCUUAUUUAUUUUCCAUUAAAACAUUUAAUUGUGUAGAAAAGUGUAUGUUGUAUGUAUAUGGUACUGGGAACCCACUUGGGGCGGUCGUUAUGGGUUUUUGCCUUUAAAAAAAAAAAUGGGCUGGAAUUCAAUCCAACCCGAACUGCAGAAACGACCUCUACAGAAUGUUAACCUUGUUCUGAUGCUAAGGGGAAAACGUUUUUAAGUGAUCUUAUUUAUUGGACAUUGUCCAUUGGGGAUGACUAAAUAACUCAGUUUGAUUUUUAAGAAUUUGGUACAACAGGAACAAUCUUAUUUGUAUGUAGUAGAGGCUAUGUCCCACAUUUUGAGUUUGGUAUAAAUUCUAAGAAAGUCUCAUUACAUUUAACAUCAGUGUUCUGGGCCCGUAUUCACAAAGUAUCAUAGAGUAGGAGUGCUGAUCUAAAAUCAAGCCCCUCCUGUCCAUAUGAUCAUGUUUAAUUAUGGUCUAAAAGGGAAUACAUGAUCCUAGAUCAGCACUUCUAUUCUCAGACACUUUAGGAAUACCGUCCCUUGUCUCAUAGUCAUUAUUAUGCUUCCUUCCCAUGUUGGAGCUAAUCCAGGCAGAAGGAAAGAUGUCCCCACUUUGAUUGUGUUGUUGGAGAGCGUAUAGAGUGAGUCAGUGUGAGUCGUGUAGGAGAGGAAGUGAUAAAGUGCCUCCUGAUAAAUUAAGUGACAGGGAUUAAAUGGGUUUUCUAGCAAAUUGCCCAGGUUGGUUUUUAUGUCAUGUUUUCACAUUUCAAUGCGUCUAAUGGCACUGGUGAGAUGUUCAUGGGGAGAGGUAAGGGUAUUAUAACAAUUCUGUGUGGAUUCGGGCUUUGGUGCCUUAUGUCAGGGUUUCCCAAACUCUGUCCUAGGGCCCCCCCCCCCUGGGUGCACCCAGGUGGAGCCUCAGGACCGAGUUUGGGAAUCCGUGCCUUAUGUCGAGGCCUUAGGUGAGAAAUGAUUCAUUGCAAUCACAGCACUUCAUCCCAGGAUUAUAUGUAGUGCAUACACUGUAACACCUGAUGCUGCAGAGCAAUAGUAACAGUAAAUAACUUGUGGCUGCUUCAGUUUGGCUGUUUUACUUUACAGCAGGCUUCCCCAACUGGCGGUUAUUUUGGCCCCCCAUAUAUUUUUUAAAUUUAUAUUAUUAGAAUUUUCGUUGUUGGACAUAAGACUGUAAAAACAGCAUGAAAUCAGCACCAAUUGAUAACCAUUUUAGAUAUCUGUUCCCAAGUAUUCUCACGCAUAAUAGAGACCUGUGAUCGUAUACAAAUGUAAGGUUUUAAAUGAGAUUUUAGUCAAAUAUUAGAUCUGUUUGGGCUUCUUGCGGUCAAUUUGCAGUCUAAACAUUAUUUGUAAGUAAGUUCAGGCCCCCCAACCAGCCGCUCAAGAAAAAAAAUCAGCCCGUGGCUGAAUCAUCUAAUCGGUGAUCCCUGCUUUACAGUGUCACUCUGAAACGGUCAGUUGGGCAAAGUAGAACCAGGAUGUAUAAAGAAAUAAUGUGCAGUGAUGACUCCUCCUUUGCCCCUUUAACCAAAAUGAGCCUCUUUCAGCAGUGGGUUCUCUCUAGUCAUGAUGGAUAGCAUUCUGGAACACACCGUUGUGUUCAGGUCCCACUGUCAAUGUCAGCUCAGUUCUGCAUGUUUUGUCACUUGUACAAAUGUCCUUCAGUAUCAUUUGUUCAUGUUUUAUUGCUAAGAUGAUUAUUAUUAUUAUUAUUAUUACAUCAAUAUUUGUAUUGAAUAGUUUUCAUACAGUGUCUUAUAAUGUUUAAUGCCUGAAAGCCUAAGUGAGCACUUGGAGGGAUAUAACCUAUCCCAUCCUUCUCAUCGAGGCUUGUCAGACUGCUCCAUGUGUAUCAUUUAAAAAAAGUUAUUCUAUGCAAAAGUAUGACUGUUAGAAGUAUUGUAAGUCUUUUUUUUUUGUAGCGGCUGCUUACUUUCAUGUUAUGCUUUCAGUAUGCUCAUUAUUUUAAUAAAAAUGUAACGCAAACCAUA